UCACGCACUUGAAGAAAAUAACCUUAUUACAUUUUAGUAAGGCUAAAAUGGUAAAUUAUUUUAAUUGAAUUAAACUUCAAUAAAGUUAGUUUUUCAGUUUAUUAGCUUUAGGAAGCAAACUAUAUCAUCUUAAUGCUUCCUGUUAAUAUGCACCAGUUACAAAUGUGCACACAUUUGUUGUUCUUGACGCUAAGACUUCUACUACAAGUUUCAGCAAUUCACAGUAAAGAUCUUCCCAAAAUUAAGAACAUUUCUUUUCAAGAUAACGUAUUAGAAGGCGAAAUGACAUCAGUUAUGUGUUUAGCAGCAACAAAAACAAAACCUAUAACUUAUGAAUGGAGGAAAGAUGGGCAAACACUAGAUGAAAGACGUGAUAACGUUCGAUUUAGCAAUACGAAUGAACUUUCAGUGCUCAUAUUAGAUCCUGUAACACUAGAAGAUAGUGGAAAUUACACGUGCAUAGCGAAAAAUUCUGAAGGAAUGGAUAAAUAUGAAACUUCACUCAAAGUUAAAGCACAUCCUAGAUGGAUCAUUCAGCCAAAUGACGUAAUAACAUCCUUAGGAAGUUCCAUAACAGUUUAUUGCGCUGCAGCUGGUUCUCCAGAGCCUCAAAUAAAAUGGAAAAAAUAUUCUGAAAAUCAGAAAAUUGAGUAUUUAACUAUGAACACACUUCAUGAGAAAGAAAGAGGAAACAGCAGCAUUUUAAAAAUAUCUUCAGCUUUACCAGAAGAUGCCGGGUACUACGAAUGCGAAGCUGAUAACGGAAUAUUACCAGGCAUAAGAACAAAUUUCUCAAUUACUAUUCGAGGUAUGAGUCAAAAUAUUUCUUGCAUAAAAUAG